CGAAUGCCUUCGCGGGAUCGCCCUGGAAACGCAUUCUCCGGGACCCGGCAGCCGCCAAUGGGAAGGGAACGAGUGCCUCGAACAGGCCAAUAAGGAGGGAGCGGUGCGGGGUUUAAACCCGAGGCGGGGCCGGCUCCUCCUGGCGUGCUGCGGAGGAACGGUUGUUGGUCUGCGGUGGUUCAGGGCCUCCGCUGGUCUGGUGCUCCGGUGUUGUGCUUCUCCCCACUGAGUUGCUGUCUGGUGAAGAGGAAGCCAUGGCGCUCCGAGUCACCAGGAACAUGAAAACUAAUGCUGAAAAUAAGGCGAAGAUCGGUAUGGCAGGCGCAAAGCGUGUGCCUGUGGCCACUGCUGCAGCCUCCAAGCCCGGCCUGAGGCCAAGGACAGCUCUUGGAGACAUUGGUAACAAAGUCAGUGAACAGCUGCAGGCCAAAAUGCCUCUGAAAAAGGAAGCAAAAACUUUAGCUACUGGAAAAGUUAUUGCUAAAAAACUACCAAAACCUCUGGAAAAGGUACCUGAGCCUGAGCCACAGCCACAGCCACAGCCAGAGCGAGAGCCAGAACCUGAGCCUGUUAAAGAAGAAAAACUUUCUCCUGAGCCUAUUUUGGUUGAUACUCCUUCUCCAAGCCCAAUGGAAACAUCUGGAUGUGCCCCUGCAGAAGAAUAUCUGUGUCAGGCUUUCUCUGACGUAAUUCUUGCAGUAAGUGAUGUGGAUGCAGAAGAUGGAGCUGAUCCAAACCUGUGUAGUGAAUAUGUGAAGGAUAUUUAUGCUUAUCUGAGACAACUUGAGGAAGAGCAAGCAGUUAGACCAAAAUACCUACUGGGUCAGGAAGUCACUGGAAACAUGAGAGCCAUCCUGAUUGACUGGCUAGUACAGGUUCAAAUGAAAUUCAGGUUGCUGCAGGAGACCAUGUACAUGACUGUUGCCAUUAUUGAUCGGUUCAUGCAGAAUAAUUGUGUGCCCAAGAAGAUGCUGCAGCUCGUUGGUGUCACUGCCAUGUUUAUUGCAAGCAAAUAUGAAGAAAUGUACCCUCCAGAAAUUGGUGACUUUGCUUUUGUGACUGACAACACUUACACGAAGCACCAAAUCAGACAGAUGGAAAUGAAGAUUCUAAGAGCUUUAAACUUCGGUCUGGGUCGGCCUCUACCCCUGCACUUCCUUCGGAGAGCAUCUAAGAUUGGAGAGGUUGAUGUUGAACAACAUACUUUGGCCAAAUACCUGAUGGAACUAACUAUGUUGGACUAUGAUAUGGUACACUUUCCUCCUUCUCAAAUUGCAGCAGGAGCUUUUUGCUUAGCAUUGAAGAUUCUGGAUAAUGGUGAAUGGACACCAACUCUACAGCAUUACCUAUCAUACACUGAAGAAUCCCUUCUUCCUGUUAUGCAGCACCUGGCUAAGAAUAUAGUCAUGGUAAAUCGAGGGCUUACAAAGCACAUGACUAUCAAGAAUAAGUAUGCCACAUCUAAGCAUGCUAAGAUCAGCACUCUAGCACAGCUGAAUUCUGCACUAGUACAAGACUUAGCCAAGGCUGUGGUAAAGGUGUAACUUGUAAACUUGGAGUACUUUAUCGGCAAAUAAAAUUGGCACCAUGUGCCAUCUGUACAUAAUAAUGUUGCAUUUACUUUUAAUAAAGCUUGUGGCCCUUUUUACUUUUUAAUAGCUUAACUCAUUUGAAUGUGGUUACUUCCUACUCUAGGGUAACCUAAAAUUGUCUUAAAAGGUAUAGCGUGGAAUAUUUUUAAAAACUGUUUUCAGCUUGCCUGGGGACCCAAUUGAUGUAUAUAAUUGUUUCUUAUGUUUAUACCCUUGCUUCUUGUUUUAUGUACCUGGCUUUUACUUUAUUAAUGUGAGGUACUAAGGUGUGGUGAAGGUAUUUAUUAAAACCUUUUACUUUCAUAGGGCAUACUGCAUGUAAGCCAAUUUAUCCUGGAAAAUAGGCUGCCUAGUUCUAUUUUAAAGUAAAAGUCUACCACCUCAUCCCAAGUCCCUAUUUUGUUUCUUCUGGUUGCUGCCAUAAUUCUAAGUGAUUUAUUUUUACCACUAUUUCUUGAGUUAACAGCUUUACCCUAGUAUCUUUUCAAAUUUUUCACUUUGAAAAUGAGAACUUUAAUUUAUAUUCUAUGCCCAGUUUUUGUUCUGUAUUUUUGUGUAUUGGUUAAGAAAAUAAAACAAGAUGCUCAAA